UACAAAGUACAAAGUUGUAACCGUUACUUAUGGAGUAAGUUUUCCGUUUGCGCUCCGGACACCGAAAACGUUUACUUUGUUAUAAAAAAAAAAAGUUCGCUAGCCUUUCAUUCGCGAAGCGUGUCGACGGGACGUCCCUUCCCUCUAACAACCUACGUCGACAACUGCUCUGAAUUUCAUAUCCGCCGAGACAUAUGACCGGAGUCUCAUAGGGUAGGCGUUUUCUCGCCUGGAGUGUUGUUUUAUUUGUUCCUCGUGCACCCAGCGCAUUGCUUAAACUGUCAAAACGCGUGCCGAAGAUGGCCUUUCGCUCGAGCUUCUCUGAUUUAGAAGAAACGGCAAAGUCUUUAACAACGAAAGAUCGCUUUGAUUGUGCGGACACCUGUGCGUGCCCAAGCACCGCUGAGCUCAGUAAGGCAGUGUCGGUGUCCUUGGGUUUGGAUUCAGUGUCUUCUCCUCUCAACAACAUGAACCAGUUCUCCGGCGGCAGCAGCAGCAGCGCCUUUGCAGACUUCGACCUCAGUAUGGAGAACAGAGUGCGGGAGUUGAGCGCGCCUCAAAAUGUGAACUCAGAAGGCACCCGGCUUCUCCUGAAUGACACUAACCCAAGAGGGGACGACUUUGGAGAAGUGUGCCCCGACAUCCAGCAGGUGAGCUGCAUGGAUCUGCUUAGAUCUGGAGAUAUGGGCAGCGCGCAAACCGUGACGCGCGGCCCGGUGAUCUCCACAUUUGUCUGCAAGGAAUCAAACUUGUUCAUGAGCACCGUGGCAGAGCUGCCCGCGCCCUCCUCUCAGAUGGAUGAGCUCCUACCUUUGAAACAGUACUCUGCCUACAGUGCCAACCCAAACCUAUAUAAAGAAACGCCGGGUGUGUGGUGCGCGUACAGCAGCCGAUCCGAGCCAGAGAGAGGCGGACCCGGCGGACAUAAUUUGUUGUGUAAAUAUUGUAACUGUGGUCAAGCCUCUCAUGGAUCCAGGCAGGAAUGCCGCUGUGUCUGGUACAGUAACGGGGAGCAAGGUGGUAAAGGUGGCUUGCGAGCACCGAUGGCACAGGGGUAUGGCCAAGUGGAAAGUUACCAAAGUGCAAUUCCUCAAGGGCAGGCCGCCAAUCUGUCCACUAUCAAGAGAGAAUCUGCAGUUUGGGUGGAUUGCUCGGAUCGCAGUUUCAGGCAUGACGAUUUGUUUCCAGGUGUGUACCUGUCAGACAGGAGAGUGUGUCAGGUGUGUGGCGAUGAUGCCUCAGGUUGCCACUAUGGAGCCGUAACCUGUGGCAGCUGCAAAGUCUUCUUCAAGAGGGCUGCUGCAGGUAAGCAGAACCACCUGUGUGCCAGCCGGAACGACUGCACCAUCGACAAGCUGAGGAGGAAAAACUGCGCCUCGUGCCGCUUGAAGAGAUGCUUCAUGUCGGGAAUGAGCCUUAAAGGUCGCAGACUGAAGGGAGCCGGACAGACAAGGAAUGGAGAGGAGGAGCAACCUCUGGCUCCCUGGGGGCCCAUAGAACGCGGAGAAAGGCCCAGCAGGAGAGAUGUAAUCUUGGAGCCUGGAAGUGAAGCCGCCAGGGCUCAAAGAGAAUCCCAGGCCAUGGUUCUAGGCAUACCCACACCUCUGCGCUCCCGCUUUUCCCUGCUUAGUGUCUUGCAGGCCAUCGAGCCAGCCGUGGUCAAUGCCGGACACGACCACGCACAGCCAGACAGCCCUACAUCCUUACUCACCAGCCUCAAUGAACUGGGGGAAAGACAGCUGGUAACCGUGGUGCGCUGGGCCAAAGCAAUACCAGGUUUCCGUGACAUGCACGUGGACGAUCAGAUGUCAGUGAUCCAGUUAUCAUGGAUGGGAGUGAUGGUGUUCGCUUUGGGCUGGAGAUCCUACACACUCACUAACAGCUCCAUGCUCUACUUUGCUCCGGACCUAGUAUUUAAUGACCAACGGAUGCAAGUGUCCAGUAUGUAUGAACACUGUGUGAGGAUGAAGCUGCUCUCCCAGAGGUUCUGCAUGCUGAAUGUCACUCAGGAGGAGUUCCUCUGCAUGAAGGCCCUGGUCCUCUUCAGCAUCAUGCCAGUGGAGGGCCUGAAGAACCAGCGUUGUUUUGAUGAACUGCGAACCUCCUACAUCAAGGAGCUGGACCGCUUGGCCAGCCACCGCGGAGAGACCACCCGUACACAGAGAGUGUUUCAGCUCACACAGCUGCUGGACUAUCUCCAGUCGAUUGUGAGGAAGUUACACCAGUUCACCUAUGAUCUGUUCAUCCAAGCUCAGUCCCUCCAGACGCGUGUCAACUUCCCAGAGAUGAUCUCGGAGAUUGUGAGCGUCCACGUGCCCAAGAUCCUCUCAGGCAUGGUCAAACCCAUCCUUUUCCAUGAUACAGCCUAGACUGGAGCCUCUGUGAUUGUCCUAUAUGUCACUUGAGCUGCAGACACCCAGUCUCAGACCAUUUCUGGUAAAAGCUGAAGCAGCAAGAUAGGGUUUAUGAUUUCAUGAGGUGAAAUAAGCCCCUUUUUACCUACAGGGUGAGAGUGGAGCAGGGUGAAGUUAUGAAGGGCUUACAGCACAUUCUUCCAAUCUAAUUGCAUCUACUCUGUUCUUCUUACUGCCUGUUAUCUGUAUCAUACACAACAAAUGUUUCCGGAGCUGAUUUGAAACACUUUUUAGCAUGCAUUCCUUUACACGAGCUCAUGAAAGGCCAAACCACCUGGCAUGUCUUCAUAUUUACAGCCGACAGCGGGCAAUAUUUCAUUUUCGGGAGAGAAGAUGGUACACGUUUGCAGAGUUCACAUCACCAUAGCUUGUCUGUGUGCAGUGGUAUGACAUUUGGCUUUUUUAACAAUGAAUCUUAUUGUGUGCACCUGAGACGAACAGGUUUGAUUGACAGUUAAUAAAUGGUUGUGGCAUGCAUGCGAAGAAGCAAAGCUGUCUUGCCUGAAUAUAUUUCCCAAAGCUCCUCUCAUCCAUAGAAAUAACAGCCGAGUAACAGUUUUAGUUGUCGCCAAAACAAGUACACUUUUAAACCGCAAGCAUCAGUGCAGAUUUCAAAUGUAUAUUUAUGAAUUUUGUGAUAUCAAAAGGUCACGCUGAAGAAAAUAACUGGACUUUUUUUUUUUAAAGUUUGCUUGUUUUUGAAUGUUAUACCGGUACAAUUUUUUCCAACGUGGACAUUUCAUACUGUUGUAACUUUUCUACUGUUUCUUAAAAAGUGUUCUUUGCAAGUGCUUUGUCGUGUAUCAUCACUGUAGCUUCUGACAUUUUUGCUAAACGUUGAAGGUCCAGCCAAGAAUCCGCUCAUUUGUUGCACUUACAGCUUAACGUGUAAUAAAGAACUGAAGCAUGA